AUGAUUUCUGGGCGAGUGUCAGAUCAACAAAGAGAGACAGGAAAAAUGUCCAGAAGUGAUAAGAAAACAGUGGCUUCUCGGCUGGAAAACCUUUAAUUCCCAUCUGUUCACCCUCAAUCUGAUCCACAAGACAGCGCUUCGGCUGAAUAUCUGCGCAAUGAACUACCAGGAGGUGGAGGAGCGCUAUCCCAAGGAGUACACGUACGGGGAGGAGUUCGAGGCGGAGCCGGGCGUGGGCACGCGCGAGCAGAAGCCCCGGAUCCUGCUCAUGGGUUUGCGGCGGUCCGGCAAGAGCUCCAUCCAGAAAGUGGUCUUUCACAAGAUGUCCCCGAACGAGACGCUCUUCCUGGAGUCCACCAACAAGAUCGUGAAGGACGACAUCAACAACAGCAGCUUCGUGCAGUUCCAGAUCUGGGACUUUCCCGGGCAGAUCGACUUCUUCGAGCCCACAUUCGACUCUGACAUGAUCUUCGGGGGCUGCGGCGCCCUCGUGUUCGUGAUUGACGCGCAGGACGACUAUCUGGAGGCGCUCACGAAGCUCAACCAGACCGUGACGAAGGCGUACAAGGUGAACCCGCGCAUCAAGUUCGAGGUGUUCAUCCACAAAGUGGAUGGCGUGAGCGAUGACUUCAAGAUGGAAUCGCAGCGCGACAUCCACCAGCGCGCCACGGACGACCUGGCGGACGCCGGCCUGGAGCAGAUCCUGCUCAGCUUCCACCUCACGUCCAUCUAUGACCACUCGAUCUUCGAGGCGUUCAGCAAAGUGGUGCAGAAGCUCAUCCCACAGCUGCCGACUCUCGAGAAUCUGCUGAACAUCCUCAUCUCCAACUCCGGCAUCGAGAAGGCCUUCCUCUUCGACGUCGUCUCGAAGAUCUACAUCGCCACGGACGCCUCGCCGGUCGACAUGCAGAGCUACGAGCUGUGCUGCGACAUGAUCGACGUGGUCAUUGAUCUUUCCUGUAUUUACGGUCUUCAGGGGAAUAGCGAGAUCACCGCCUUCGACAAUCAGAGCUCCAGCUUGAUCAAAUUGAACAACAGCACGAUUCUCUACCUGCGCGAGGUGAACAAGUUCCUCGCCCUGGUGUGCAUUCUGCGCGAGGACAACUUCAGCCGCCAGGGCGUCAUCGACUACAACUUCCUGUGCUUCCGCGAGGCGAUUGAGCGUGUCUUCGAGCUGCGACUGAAGCACCAGAAGAGCCAGUUUCUGUCCCACGAGGACGACUUUCUCGAUCCCACGAUAGUCACCAAUGGCCGCGGCCAAAUGAACGCCUCCGACGGAGAGUCCGUGGACGUUAUUGUCACAUGAAGCGCCAUGAGUUUUUUAUUUGUUACAUUGUGUACGCGACUAGAGGGAAAAAGUCAAUACUUUUGGAGCGGAAGUUUAUUAAACUUUUUUCUUCUUGUAUAUUUUCGACUAUAAAAGAUUCAAUGAGGCUGUAAAUUGCUUUUAAAAUGUGUCAACGGCGCGGCGCUGUGGUAGCAUGAGGAUUUCCCUGGUCAUUUUGGGACUUUUCCUGGUCUUCCUUCCAAUUCUCGCUGAGGAACCAUUCGUCUUUGAUGACGCCACACCGACACAAAGCAUGGACAUGAGAGCAUUUCCAGCAUAUUCGGGCAGCUCCGACAUGAUGCAGAGCGAGCUAAACGAUCCAAACUCAAACAUUC